AUGGCGUCAGACGCGGCCAAGCCCAGCGCGCUCGUCGCCGCGUGCCUCGUCCUGCUGGUACUAGGCGGCGGCUACGGGCCGACGCUGCGCGGCGCGGAGGCGCAGGGCGGCGGGGAGUGCGUGCCGCAGCUGAACCGUCUCCUGGCGUGCCGCGCGUACCUGGUGCCAGGCGCGCCGGACCCCAGCCCGGACUGCUGCAGCGCGCUGAGCGGCGUCUCGCACGACUGCGCCUGCAGCACCAUGGGCAUCAUCAACAGCCUGCCCUCCCGGUGCAACCUCGGCCAAGUCAACUGCUCUGCUUGAGGCUCGCCUCGAGCUGGCACUGGCAGGGUAGCUCUGCAAUGCAAAUGAAGAGGAAUAAGAUGUGCUCCACGGCGGGAGCAAUCGAGGAUUCGAGGUCCAGCUCUUCGCCUGACCGCCGGCGUUACCUGAUCUG